AUGGUAUCAAGUUUUCGUGUUUCUGAACUACAAGUAUUGUUGGGGUUUGCUGGACGUAAUAAAAGUGGGCGGAAACAUGACCUCCUGAUGAGAGCACUGCACUUACUGAAGAGCGGCUGCAGCCCAGCAGUUCAGAUAAAAAUCAGAGAACUCUACAGACGUAGGUACCCAAGGACGAUUGAAGGUCUUUCGGAUUUAUCGGCUAUAAAACCCACCGUUUUCAAUCUGGACAGCAGUUCCUCUCCUGUCGAGCCUGACCUAGCUGCAGCUGGCAUUCACCCGCUCCCUUCUACUUCAGUCACACCUCAGUCUCCUUCCUCACCUGUCAGUUCUGUGCUCCUCCAAGACACUAAACCCCACUUCGAGAUGCAGCAGCCAUCCCCUCCGAUUCCACCUGUUCAUCCCGAUGUCCAGCUGAAGAGCCUGCCUUUUUAUGAUGUGCUCGAUGUGCUCAUAAAACCUACAAGUCUAGUACAGAGCAGUAUUCAGAGGUUCCAAGAGAAGUUUUUUAUCUUUGCUUUAACACCUCAGCAGGUCAGAGAGAUCUGUAUUUCCAGGGACUUCUUGCCAGGGGGCAGGAGAGAUUACACGGUCCAAGUUCAGCUAAGGUUGUGCCUAGCAGAGACAAGCUGCCCUCAAGAAGAUAAUUACCCUAAUAGUUUGUGUAUUAAAGUAAAUGGGAAGCUGUUUCCAUUGCCGGGGUAUGCUCCACCGCCAAAAAAUGGGAUUGAACAGAAGCGACCUGGGCGUCCCUUGAACAUAACAUCUCUAGUUAGGCUGUCUUCAGCUGUGCCAAACCAGAUUUCCAUUUCCUGGGCUUCUGAAAUUGGAAAGAAUUACUCCAUGUCUGUGUAUCUUGUCCGUCAGCUCACUUCAGCAAUGCUUUUGCAGAGAUUAAAAAUGAAAGGCAUAAGGAACCCUGAUCAUUCCAGAGCACUAAUUAAAGAAAAACUAACUGCGGAUCCUGAUAGUGAGAUUGCCACCACCAGUCUGCGUGUGUCUCUGAUGUGUCCUCUGGGAAAAAUGAGACUGACAAUCCCAUGCCGGGCUGUUACUUGCACUCACCUGCAAUGUUUUGAUGCUGCUCUUUAUCUUCAAAUGAAUGAGAAGAAGCCCACCUGGAUCUGCCCUGUCUGUGAUAAAAAGGCAGCCUAUGAGAGCUUGAUCUUAGAUGGGCUCUUCAUGGAAAUCCUUAAUGAAUGUUCAGAUGUGGAUGAGAUUAAAUUCCAGGAAGAUGGCUCUUGGUGCCCCAUGAGGCCAAAGAAAGAGGCUGUGAAAGUCUCAAGUCCACAGUGCACCAAAAUAGAAAGUUCCAGCGUUGUUAGCAAACCGUGUUCUGUGACAGUGGCCAGUGAGGCAAACAAGAAGAAAGUUGACGUUAUUGACUUGACAGUAGAAAGCUCUUCUGACGAAGAGGAAGAUCCUCCUGCCAAAAGGAAGUGCAUUUUUAUGUCUGAAACACAAGGAAGCCCAACCAAAGGGGUGCUCAUGUACCAGCCAUCUACGGUCAGAGUGCCCAGUGUGACAACGGUCGAUGCUGCUGCUAUUCCUCCUUCAUUAACAGACUAUCCAGUACCAUUCCAUCAUCCACCAAUUUCCAAUAUUUCAUCAGAUCUGCCAGGUUUGGAUUUUCUUUCGCUUAUCCCAGUAGAUUCUCAGUACUGUCCUCCUAUGUUUUUGGAUAGUCUCUCCUCAACCUUAACAAGCAGCACGCCUGGCAGCAUCAUCACAUCGACCAGUCACCACGAGGGCAGCACGCAUGUUAGCUCCUCCAGCAGGAGCGAGGCAGGAGUGAUAACAAGUGCUCCCGACAUCAUCUCGCUGGAUUGA